AUGAGCGCCUGUGGUGACACUGCCCACGGUGCUGGCAUCUCCAAUGGUGGCAUCUCCCAUGGUGACAUCUCCAACGGUGGCACCUCCAACAGUGACAUCUCCAAUGGUGACACUGCCAAUGGUGACAUUGUCAAUGGUGGCAUCCCCAAUGGUGGCACCUCCAACGAUGACAUCAUCAAUGGUGACAUCCUUAGUGGUGACAUCUCCAAAUGUGACAUCUCCAAUGGUGGUGGCAUCUCUAACAAGGACACAUCCCAUGAUGGUGGCAUCUCCAAUGGUGACAUCUCCAAUGGUGACAUCCUCAAUGGUGGCAUCUCCCAUGGUGGCAUCUCCAACAAGGACAUAGCCCAUGGUGACAAUUCCCGAGGUGGCACCUCCCACAGUGGUGGCAUCUCUAACAAGGACAUUUCCCACGGUGUCACCUCCCAUGGUGUCACCUCCAAUGGUGUCACCUCCAACAGUGGCACCUCCAAUGGUGACAUCUCCAAUGGUGACAUUCCCAAUGGUGGCACCUCCAAUGGUGGCAUCUCUAACAGGGACACAUCCCAUGAUGGUGGCACCUCCUACGGUGACAUCUCCAAUGGUGACAUCCUCAGUGGUGGCAUCUCCAACAAGGACAUCUCCCACGGUGUCUCCUCCCACGGUGUCACCUCCCACGGUGGCAUUUCCAUCAGUGCCACCUCCCAUCGUGACAGCUCCCACGGUGGCACCUCCAAUGGUGGUGGCAUCUCUGACAGGGACACAUCCCAUGAUGGUGGCAUCUCCAACGGUGGCAUCUCCAACAAGGACACCUCCCGCAAGACUGUCACCUCCCAUGGUGGUGACAUCUCCUAUGGUGUCACCUCCCACGGCGGUGGCACCUCCAGCAAGGCCACCUCCUGUGACGGUGCCACCGCUGGUGCCCGCCCGUGUCCCCCGGCGCUGCCGCUGCUGCUGUCCCACCACCCGCGGUGGCCUCCCCCGCUGUCCCCCGUGCCCCUGCUGCUGCUGCUGCUGCUCCUGGUCCCCUGUCCCCAGCCCGCGGUGGCCGCCACCUUCAAGGUGGGCGUGCUGGGCCCCUGGGGCUGCGACCCGCUGCUGGCGCGGGCGCUGCCGGACGUGGCCUCGCGCCUGGCGGUGACGCGGCUCAACCGCGACCCCGAGCUGACCGCGGGCUACUGGUGGGACGCGGUGGUGCUGUCCGAGGCGUGCGCCACGCCGCAGGCCGUGGCCGGGCUGGUCAGCGCCGAGCGCUACGCCAGCGCCAUCGUGGGCCCGCUCAACCCCGCGGCCUGCGGCGCCGCCGGGCUGCUGGCCGCCGCCUGGAACAAGCCCCUGGUGACGUGGGCGUGCGGCGGGGACGGGGCGGCGGCCGGAGCGGUCACUCUGGUCAACCCGCUGCCCGCCCCGGCCGCCGUGCUGCACGCCGUGCUGCGCUACUUCCGCUGGGCGCACGUGGCCGUGGUGGCCGCGCCGCAGGAGCUGUGGGUGGACACCGGGCAGGAGCUGGCCAGGGAGCUGAGGGCCAGGGGGCUGCCGGUCACCGUGGUGGCCACGGCCGGAGAGGACGAGGAGGAGGCGGAGAAGGCGCUGAGGAAGGUCCAGAGGGCGGACGGGGUGAGAGCCGUGGUGAUGUGCAUGCACUCGGUGCUGCUGGGCGGCCGCGAGCAGCGGGUGCUGCUGGAGAAGGCCGAGGACCUCGGCAUGACCGACGGCUCGCUCGUCUUCAUCCCCUACGACGCGCUGACCUUCGCGCUGCCCUACCGCCGCGUGCCCUACCCCGUGCUGGCCAACAACACCAAGCUGCGCCUGGCCUACGACGCCGUGCUCACCGUCACCAUCGACUCGCCCGACAACUCCUUCCGCGACGCCCUCGAGGAGGCCAAGAAAUCCUACGAGGUCCCGGCCGGCCUCGAUCCCGCUGAGGUGCACCCGCUCUUCUCCACCAUCUACAACUCCAUCUACUUCCUGGCCACGGCGGUGGAGGCCGCGCGCCGCAGCGGCCGCUGGGUGAUGGGCACCAGCGUGGCCGACCACGCCCGCGACUUCCGGCUCGAGGGCUUCUGCCAAACCUUCACCGUGGACGAGGACGGCGAGGUGUCGGUGCCCUACGUGGUGCUGGACACGGACGGCAAGGGGCAGCACCUGUGGGCGGUGUACGGGCUGGAGCCCGGCACGCGCGGCCUCAGCUACCGCAGCCACAGCCCGCACUGGCCGCACAGCGCCAGCCCCGCCACCGACGCCGGCUGCUGGUUCGACUCCGGCGCCAUCUGCAACGGCGGGAUGGACGCCGGGUUCGUGUUCCUCAUGUUCCUCCUCAUCGCCGCCCUCAUUGCGGCCGGAGCCGCCCUGGCCUGUCACAUCCGGCGCCGCAUCCAGCAGGCUCAGCUCAUGAAGGGCCCCAACAAAAUCAUCCUGACCAUGGAGGACCUGACCUUCAUCAACACCCAGAGCAGCAGACAGGUGGACAGCAGCCACGCCAGCCUGACCGGUCAGAGCGGCGGCGACACCAAGAGCGUCCGCAGCGCCGCCCCCGGGCCGGACACCACCAACGUGGGCGUGGCCGAGGUGAGGCCCCGCCCUCCGUCCCCUCCCCCCAACCUCCCGCUGCUCCUGCUCUUGUUUAACCAGCAGGGCCUUGUCGCCUCCGUGCAGGGUGACUGGGUGUGGCUGAAGAAGAUCCCGGGUGACCAGCACACCGAGGUGAAACCGGCCACCAAGCUGGCCUUCUGCAAGCUGCGCGACCUGCGCCACGAGAACGUGAACCUGCUGCUGGGGUUCUUCCACGACUGCGGCAUCUUCGCGGUGGUGUCGGAGCACUGCUCGCGCGGCAGCCUGGAGGACCUGCUGCGCAACGAGGACAUGAAGCUCGACUGGAUGUUCAAAUCCUCGCUGCUCAUCGACCUCAUCAAGGGCGUGCGGUACCUGCACCACCGCGACGUGGUGCACGGGCGCCUCAAGUCGCGGAACUGCGUGGUGGACGGGCGCUUCGUGCUCAAGGUCACCGACCACGGCUUCAACCAGCUGCUGGAGGCACAGCGCGUGCCGGCCCCGCCGCCGCAGCCCCACGAGCGGCUGUGGACGGCGCCCGAGCUGCUGCGGGACGCGGCGCUGGAGCGGCGCGGCUCCUUCCGGGGGGACGUCUACAGCAUCGGCAUCAUCAUGCAGGAGGUGAUCUGCAGGAGCCCCCCGUACUGCAUGCUGGGGCUGCCCCCCGAAGAGAUCAUCGAGAAGGUGCGGCGCCCGCCCCCCCUGUGCCGCCCCGCCGUCUCGGCCGACCAGGCGCCGCUCGAGUGCAUCCACCUGAUGAAGGAGUGCUGGAGCGAGCAGCCCGAGAAGAGACCCACCAUCGACCAGGUGUUCGACCAGUUCAAGGGCAUCAACAAGGGCCGCAAGACCAACAUCAUCGACUCGAUGCUGCGCAUGCUGGAGCAGUACAGCAGCAACCUGGAGGACCUGAUCCGCGAGAGAACCGAGGAGCUCGAGAUCGAGAAGCAGAAAACCGACAAGCUGCUGACCCAGAUGCUGCCGCCGUCGGUGGCCGAGGCGCUCAAGAUGGGCACGCCGGUGGAGCCCGAGUACUUCGAGGAGGUGACGCUCUACUUCAGCGACAUCGUGGGCUUCACCACCAUCUCGGCCAUGAGCGAGCCCAUCGAGGUGGUCGACCUGCUCAACGACCUCUACACGCUCUUCGACGCCAUCAUCGGCUCCCACGACGUCUACAAGGUGGAGACCAUCGGCGACGCCUACAUGGUGGCCUCGGGGCUGCCCAAGCGCAACGGCAACCGGCACGCGGGCGAGAUCGCCAACAUGUCGCUGGACAUCCUGAGCUCCGUGGGCACCUUCAAGAUGCGCCACAUGCCCGAGGUGCCCGUGCGCAUCCGCAUCGGGCUGCACUCCGGCCCGUGCGUGGCCGGAGUGGUCGGGCUGACCAUGCCGCGGUACUGCCUGUUCGGGGACACGGUGAACACGGCGUCACGCAUGGAGUCCACCGGGCUGCCCUAUCGCAUCCACGUGAACCAGCGCACCGUGGCGAUCCUGCUCUCGCUGAAGGAGGGGUUCAAGGUCGACAUCCGCGGCAAGACCGAGCUCAAGGGUAAGGGUGUUGAGGACACCUAUUGGCUCGUGGGGCGCGAGGGCUUCACCAAACCCAUCCCGACCCCGCCCGACCUCCUGCCGGGCGCGAGCAACCACGGGAUCAGCCUGGACGAGAUCCCGGCCGAGCGGCGCCGGAAGCUGGAGAAGGCGCGGCCGGGCCAGGUGCUGAAAUAGCCCCGCCCACGGCAGCCGCCGGCGGCCUCGCCCUGCCCCCGAGGGGCGGAGCCAGCGAUGAUUGGACCCCGCCCUGGUGACGUCACAGGAGGCGGAGCCCGGGCGCAACAAGGGGAUGUGGGGGCGGGGCUUGGACCGGAAGGGGAGGGGCUUGGCCCUUUCAGGGAUGUGCUUUGACCCAAAAGUGGGCGUGGUUUGUAAUUGUGGGCGGAGCCUGGCCCUUUAAGGGGCGUGGCGUGGCUUUGUGGGCUAUGCUUUCCCCAAAAAAGGGGCGUGGCUUGGCCCCCAGCAGCCAAUAGGAUCUCGACUCUCAUGAAGGGGCGGAGCCCUCAGGGGAUGUUUGUCCAAUCAGAGCCCAGGCGGCCAUGUUGGACCCUCAGAGCCGGCCAAUGGCGGCACAGCUCCGCUCUUAAAGGGCCAGUGCGCAGGGUUGGUGUUUUUGUCUUUCCUUUUUUUUUUUUUUCGCUUUUCCCGGAUUUUUCCCAUUCCCGAGGCUCCGCCCCCUUCCCUCGGCCCCUCCCCCGCCCCCGUAGCUCUGCCCUCCCCCCUCCCCCCUCAAUAAACUCAAUCCCAAAGAUUUUGGUAGG